AUUUAUAUAUCUGAAAGUGAACACAAUUGUGAUUUUUGUCCCUCCUAAACCUAGAUCAACUCUCCUGCUAGUCUUGAUCUUGCUCCUAUAAUCCGUUUUUCUAAAAUUCAUUUGAAAACACUUUGAACUCAAACCUUGGCAGCUCAAAUUACCUGUUGGCAUUGGCAGUUUUUAGCAGUUUCAAGUUGUGAAAAUUGUCCUGUGAUGAGACUGUUAUCUUUAUGAAAAUAUACAAUACAGAAAUGCAUACAUGUCCACACUGGCAAAUAUCUGCUGAAAACUGCACGAGUUUCACAUUCACUGUGUGAUGAUGAGUGUUUGCGCAUGCUUCAGCUCGCACUGUGUUGGGUGUGUGUAACACCAUAAAUACCCCUGUUAGGUGCAAAGAGCCUUUUAUGCAAGUGACACUGGUGAAAUCCGUGUGUUUGUGUGGGAACUGAAAGAUGAAGGUCUUACUCUGUGUGUGUUUCAUCUUGUUUGUUACUGAUAAGGCAACUGGACAGACAUCAGACACCUGUACAAAUGUUGAUGACUUUAACCUAUGUCUGGGAGGUGUGGGGCUCUGUAAUGAGGAAAUUAGCAGAUGUACCUGUUUCAAAGGACAACCGUUCUGUCGGUGCAACAGUCAAAAAGGUGAGUUUUACAUUAAUGAAGACUGCUCUCAGAAAUGGACAGUAGUGACCUUUGCCCUGGUGGCAUCUCUGCCUGGUCUCACACUCGCUGUGUUGGUUGGGGUGGUUGUUUAUGUGAUGAUGUUGCCAUCAAACAAGAGCCACACAGGUGAAGGAAUGAAAACACCAAAGACAGCCUCUAAAGAGCAGGACUUGUUCCCUGGAAUUGCUUUUGCUUCUGAUAUGAAUGGUCGGCCUCCCCCUAACAUGAGACCUGUACAACAAGGUCAUAUUCCCAUGACAGCCAUGCCCAACCACCCUGGGAUCCAUGAUCCUCAAAUGGGAGGUCCUGCUCGGCCCUAUAGUGUAUCCAGAGGUGUGCGCCCAUCUGUUGACAGCAUGCCUGAUGGACGACCCCGUGAGCCAAACAUCAUGUACACCGGAAUGCGUGACCCUCCUAUGGGAGGUCCUGUGCAGCCCUACAGCAGUGGCGCAGUUCGGGGUCAGAUUGUUAGCAACCCUUAUGCUAUAGAUUCACCCAGCCGAAACCCCUAUGAAGAGCACAGUCCUUCUGCAGACCACCACAGUGAUUACAGACCACGUGCCCCUUCACACCUAUAUGAUAACCUGAAACACAACCAGCCCUAUUCUCCUGCUCCACUCUACGGUUCCUCUGACCAUGGAAACCUCCGCAAUGGAUUUCCACGACCCCAAUUAAGUCUACGAUACUAGAAAAAAAAAAGGAUUUUUAGGAUUUUGAUCAAUUGAAAAAAGAAAAGUUAUACAAUAAAGACUUGGCCAGGAUGUUGAAUGGGAAUGACAUAAGGAACUUACAUAAUUUACGGAACACAACUUUAUUAUUUCCUGCUUUAAAACUGAUCUCUAUUAUCAUCUGUAAAUAUGUCUAUACUGGGUGAUUUAUACUGAAAAAUAUAUUUACUACACUAAAUACAAAUGCAAUUCUGAAACCUCACUUGAAAUACUGAAAUGUACUUGGAAUUUAAUAACACAUUCUCAACUCAAUUAUGAAUGGCAAAUAAAAAAAAUAUCAGAUUUUUGGUUGUCA